AAUGCGUCUGAGAGAGACGACUGGAAAAAAAUAUCGGUGGAGGACUCUGCUGCAUCGCCGCCCAGGAUUCAUCGGGAUUUGACGACUGAGUAAAAUCCACAGCAUCACCCGCAUGUGGACAGAACCUAUAUCAGAUUAGAUUGGAGUGUUGGAGAGUCAGAGAAACGAAGAAGAGCAAGUUCCGAAAAUGGAGGGACUCCGUGUGAUUCUUUUAUAGAUCCAACCCACAGCUAGCAAGAACUCAUUAGUUUCUCUUCAACGUUAUUACCUUAGCCUGAUGGAAGCAGACAACGGAGGGAACAAUUCUAGUCACGCAUCCAAACAACGUUUGCGUUGGACGCAUGAGCUUCAUGAACGCUUCGUUGAUGCCGUUGCUCAACUUGGUGGCCCUGAUAGAGCUACACCCAAAGGCGUUCUUAGAGUGAUGGGUGUUCAAGGAUUAACUAUAUACCACGUCAAGAGUCACUUACAGAAAUAUCGACUAGCAAAGUAUCUGCCAGAUUCGUCCUCUGAAGGGAAGAAAACCGAUAAGAAAGAAUCUGGAGAUGUGCUCUCUGGCUUGGACGGUUCUUCGGGAAUGCAGAUAACUGAGGCCCUCAAGUUGCAGAUGGAAGUUCAGAAACGAUUGCACGAGCAACUAGAAGUGCAAAGACAGCUGCAACUACGGAUAGAAGCACAAGGGAAGUACUUGAAGAAGAUAAUUGAAGAGCAACAACGACUCAGUGGAGUUCUUGGCGAACCCUCUGGCCCAGUAACAGGCGAAUCAGAUCCUGCAACCCCUGCCCCUACAUCCGAGUCUCCCCUACAGGAUAAGUCUGGCAAAGAAUGUGGACCAGACAAGAGCCUUUCAGUUGAUGACUCUCUUUCAUCUUACCGAGAGCCUUUGACACCAGACUCGGGGUGUAACAUUGUGUCUCAAGAUGAGAGCGGAGGAGAAGAGAGAUCGUCAAAGAAGCCUAGGCUGGUGAGAGGAGGUGGUGCAGCUGGUUAUACACCGGAGAUGGUAGUGGCGCACCCAAUACUCGAAUCAGGCUUGAACGCUACGUACCAUCAGCCAGACCAUGCUCUCGCCUUUGACCAUCCAUCUACAUCACUGCUUGGGGAUGAAGAUCGAUUGGACAAGGUUUCAGGAGACGAUCUAUGAGUUGUGUAUCAGGUGGCAUCUGUAGUUGAGUGUAUCACAUGUAGUUGUUGUCUAUCCUUAUUCCUAUUAGUUAGGAGUUUCCUCUAGUGAGGUGAUCACAACUCUCUAAUUCUAGACACCGCCACUAGCAUGAACAAUGAAUAUAUAUGCUGUCUUGUGCUGUACUUUGGUAAAACACAAAACAAAUUUACUCAACACAGUGAAUUCUUCAAUCAUAGUAA